GGGCUGCUUCCGCCACGGAAAAGAGGCCUGGCCGGGCCAGUGGACUCGGGCCAGAGGACUCGGGCCGGGAAGGAGGGGCGGGCCGAGGCGGGACAGCGGAGCGCGGUCCUGAGGACAGGAGAUCGUAGACGGGGCGCCCCCCUGCGGGAAGCGAGCGCACGUGCACACACCCUCCCGGGAAAAUGAGCUCCUACCCACCCUGCCGUGUCCAGACGUGAGCGAGGGAGGGACACCUGGACAACCUGUGACUGAACCGUCCUUCUCACCGAGAAAGUCAUCGUGCCUGCCUGCAGACCAGGCCUGGCGGCGCCUGCUUUUGCCUCUUCUGCCUCAGCCGUGGGAGCGCCCACUAGUUAAUCAGUGUUUAAUCAGUGUGUGCAGCUCGGGUUUUCCUCUGCAGCAGUAAAUAAAAGAAAUUUCGAGCCAAAUACUAAGAGAUGUCAGAAGAUUCAGAAGAGGAGGACUAUUCAGACAGAACAAUCAGUGAUGAAGAUGAAUCAGAUGAGGAUACCUUCAUGAAAUUUGAAGACUUCCACCAGUGUGCACUUUUAACAGCUAACUCCAUUAGCGACCCAUUUUUCCCCCGGACUACACAGAUACUAUUGGAAUAUCAGCUAGGAAGAUGGGUGCCACGUCUUCGUGAACCACGAGAUUUAUAUGGUGUCUCUUCUUGUGGUCCAUUGAGCCCAACACGGUGGCCGUACCACUGUGAGGUUGUUGAUGAAAAAGUCCAGCAUAUUGAUUUGACUCCUCCUCAUUCUGAGCCAGUGUACAUCCCAACAGGCCUAGAGAUAGAACCCCUUUAUGCAAACUCCAAAGAAGACGCAGUGGUUUAUCUCGCUGAAGAUGCUUACAAAGAACCUUGUUUUGUAUAUUCCCGAGUUGGGGGCAACCGAACACCCCAGAAGCAGCCUGUGGAUAAUUGUGACAACACUUUGAUGUUUGAAGCAAGGUUUGAGAGUGGUAAUCUACAGAAGGUAGUCAAAGUGGCAGAAUAUGAAUACCAGUUGACAGUGCGCCCUGACCUCUUCACAAAUAAGCACACCCAGUGGUUCUAUUUCCAAGUCACUAAUACCCAAGCAGGGAUAGUCUACAGAUUCACUAUUAUCAAUUUCACCAAACCUGCUAGUCUUUACAAUCGGGGUAUGCGCCCACUGUUUUAUUCUGAAAAAGAGGCCAAGACUCGUAAUAUUGGCUGGCAGAGAAUAGGAGACCAGAUCAAGUAUUACAGGAACAACCCUCAGCAAGAUGGGCGCCACUAUUUCUCUCUCACCUGGACAUGUCAAUUUCCACACAACAAAGAUACCUGCUACUUUGCUCACUGCUACCCGUACACUUACACCAACCUGCAAGCAUACCUUUCGAGCAUCAACAAUGACCCCGUGCGGUCCAGGUUUUGCAAAAUACGUGUCCUGUGCCACACGAUUGCGAGGAACAUGGUGUACGUGCUCACCAUCACCACCCCCUUGAAGAACGCCGACUCCAGAAAGCGCAAGGCGGUGAUUCUGACCGCAAGGGUGCAUCCAGGAGAAACCAACAGCUCUUGGAUCAUGAAAGGCUUCCUAGAUUUCAUUUUGGGAGGCUCACAUGAUGCGCAGUUGCUUCGGGACACUUUCAUCUUCAAGGUGGUGCCCAUGCUGAACCCCGACGGUGUGAUCGUGGGGAAUUACCGCUGCUCCUUAGCUGGACGGGAUUUAAACCGCAACUACACGUCUCUCCUGAAGGAAUCGUUCCCUUCUGUCUGGUAUACCCGGAACAUGAUCCAUAGAUUGAUGGAGAAGCGAGAGGUUAUUUUAUAUUGUGACCUUCACGGCCAUAGCAGGAAAGAGAACAUCUUCAUGUAUGGCUGUGGGGGUAGCGAUAAAUGUAAAGCGUUAUACUUACAGCAGCGAAUCUUUCCACUCAUGCUGAGCAAAAAUUGUCCAGAUAAAUUUUCAUUCUCUGCUUGCAAGUUUAAUGUUCAGAAGAGCAAAGAGGGGACCGGAAGGGUGGUCAUGUGGAAAAUGGGAAUCAGGAACAGCUUCACCAUGGAGGCCACUUUUUGUGGAUCCACUCUGGGUAGUAAACGAGGCACUCAUUUCAACAUAAAAGACCUGGAGUCAAUGGGAUAUCAUUUUUGUGAUUCUCUCUUGGACUAUUGUGAUCCAGACCGAACUAAGUAUUAUCGGUGCCUAAAAGAAUUAGAAGAAAUGCAAAAACCUGUAAACUUGGAAAAAGUCCUUGAUGAUUCAGAUACUUCUCUGAAAGAAAUUAUAUUGGAUCUAGAGUCUAGUAGCCGAGGCUCUGACAGUUCAGAAUCGAAUGACUCUCAGACUUACCUUCUCAAGUCAUCUUCUCAGAUAAAAAGCAAGAAAAAACAUCUGAAAACAAUGAAAGAAAGAAAUUCCUCCCUAGUGAGCUAUCAGAAUGCCAGAGAAGAGCGAGAGGUUGGUGACAAAGGACAUUUAGUGCAAAGUCACAAAGAAUCAAAUUCUGAUGCGAAAGGUAUGAGGCCAAAUGUAUCACCUGAUCGUAUGUUUGAUUGUUUCACAAGACACCUUCCUAAUCAAGGUUUAGUGAAGAUGCCUGGACAAGCCCCUUCCUGUCUUCUAAAAAGAUACAUGAGCUCCCAAAGUAUGAUUCAGAGGCUUAACAGAGACCAACAAAGGCAUUUUUUAGAAACCCCCACUAAGAGACCAAUCCAGGAACUAAUUCAGCCCCAAAGCGCUGAUUUGUAUGGUAACUGCUUCAAAGUGACAUCCUUGAAGUGUGCUGUAAGCGAACAAGCUCCCAGUUGGACUGAGAAGACAAGGAUACCAACAGAAGACCUGCGUCUCAACCUGAAGAGCAAAAUGAGACAAGCUACACCCUUCCGAAGCAAGAAGACUGGUGUAAAUUGGACAGAUGAUGAAAAAAGACUCUACAGGGAUAAAAGAAUAGCUCAAACUGAAGAAAUAUUGCGGUAUUUGAUCCCGAUCAUAGACAGCACUAAAAUGGUGCAGACCACUCAGAUAAAACAGACAUUCAGUCCAAGAACCAGCUUCCAAAUCCAGCAUCAACUAAAUCCAGCUACUUAUGUAAACAUAAAGAGAUACAGCGCAUCUUGGGCACCUCCCAGACACCCCCCUUUUAUAAGCCAAAGGAACCGUUUGGUAAACUCUUCAGAAUGGCUCCAGUCUGUGUCCCAGAGGUCACGCGAAAGCUUGUCACCCCUCAAAGGACACAAGAAAAGGCAAACUCGUUCUCGCAUCAAGGCCAUGAAGACUAAAGACAUGAGACCCAGCAGCAGCAGGUGGGAGACCGCUUCCUCCGGUUUUGAGAAGGAUGCGCAUAUUAUCAGAAGCAGCAAGAGUUUUGGAGCUGAAGACUCGAACCAGCAAAGGUCCACGCAGAUGACACCCCAUCUAACUCUGAAUAAGGAUGAGCAACCAAAUCAGAAUGACGGACAGCCCACCUUCCAUUUGAAGUUCCGAAGGCCGAAGUAACCUAGCUUUGUG